CACACACGUCGAGACACGAGAAGACAUACACACGGCUAGUCUGUUUUGUUACACUUCGUUAACUUUUACAUAACGCAUAUUCAGCCUAUAUAAGCGGCUCUGUACUUUGCUGUUAAUUCCUGACAAAACCUCCUUCUAAUCCAGUGAAACUUGUGAAGUACGCCACACUGAAAAAUGCUGCUAAUUACGUCAUCACUUUGUGUGCUGUUCUAUGCUGUCUCAUUGACCAACGCCCAGCUUUUCGCAUGGUCCUAUGGACCUUGCCCAGAGAUUCCCAGGAAGCAGAACUUUGAUUUACAAAAGUAUGUAGGUAAGUGGUACAACUCUGAGACCUUCCCGGCGCCUUUCCAGUUCGCCAUGGAUUGUAUAACAGCCGAGUAUACGCUUAAGCCAGAUGGCACUGUCAAAGUAAACAACAGUGCAGUGAGAGACAUCAAAAUUUUUGGUAAAACAAUCUUCAAACAGCCUACGUAUAUCAUUGGUGAAGCCAAAGUUCUGGACCCUAGCAAACCAGCUGACCUGUAUGUCAAGUUCCCUGGACAACCAGAGUUUGACAAAACCAGAGCCAACUACUUGGUACUAGACACUGACUACGUCAAUUACAGUCUGGUCUAUUCCUGUUCCAGAUUAGCCAGUAUCUUUCCAAAAGUCGAGUUUGCUUGGAUACUGGGGCGUGUUCGCGGACAGAAACCAGCUCAGACUGACCAACUCAAAGCUUUGCUCACAAGUUAUAAAGUCAAUGUCAAAAACUUCAAAACUGUCGACUGGUCCAGUUGCUAGUAGAUGAUCGGUCCAGCUUCUAGAUGACUAGCCCAGCUGUUAGCUGACUGGUCCAGCUGUUUGAUGACUAGUCCAGCUGUAAGAGAUCCCAACGUCCAUUGUUCAUCAUAUUAUAUUUUUAAAAUCUUAA